GUCAUCCUCCUGACCUUUCACCGCUAAGCAUGGCUGCUGUAUGUCGGAGCCCUGGGCUCGGAGGUUUGUUGCGUGCGGUGGGAUUAUGUACAUGGAAACCGGUGAUAACCAUCGGGGCCUGCAGCGAGGCUUCUCGGCUAAUACAUACCAGCCCUGCGCUACAGAGAAAAAAUGUUGCAGCCCCGGGACGUGAAAAGUACACAGAGGCUUUUAUUAAAAACCAGAUUGAAGAGUUCAACAUCGGAAAGAGACAUUUAGCCAACAUGAUGGGAGAGGAUCCAGAGACGUUUACCCAAGAGGAUAUUGAUAAAUCCAUUGCUUACCUUUUCCCUUCUGGCCUGUUUGAGAAGAAAGCUCGUCCAACAAUGAAGCAUCCAGAGGAAAUAUUUCCCAAGCGCAGAGCAAUCCAAUGGGGUGAAGAUGGGCGGCCGCUCCAUUUUCUCUUUUACACUGGCAAGCAAUCGUAUUACUCAUUAAUGCACGAAACGUAUGGAAAGCUCCUGUCAAUUCAGCUACAUGAAUAUCAACUAAGAAAUAAAGGUUUAUUUUCCCAAGAUACGAAACAGAUAGACCUGAUUGGCAGUAGAUGGAUUAUUAAAGAAGAAUUGGAGGAAAUGCUCGUGGAAAAGGUGUCCGACCAAGACUACCUGCGCUUCAUACAGAUGAUGGAACGUAUGCUGAGUGAGCCGUACUGCAGCACUGAGGAGCAAUACGUGAUGUCAUUCCGCAAGAGGCAUGAAGUUCAGUCUAAGAAGCAGGUGGUCACUCCCCUGCAGUAUGAUGAGAGCGGGGUGGCAUUCAGCACAGGGGAAGGUAAGAGGAAAACAUCCCGUGCCGCAGUUGUACUUCGUGACAAUGGAAAAGGAAGAAUAACCGUUAAUGGAACCAAUUACUCAGAAUAUUUUACAGUGCUCCAAGACAGAGAACAGUUAAUGUUCCCUUUCCAGUUCCUUGACCGGCUAGGAAUGCAUGAUUUGGAGUGUACGGUGACCGGUGGCGGGAGGUCAUCACAGGCUGGAGCCAUACGAUUGGCCGUUUCUAGGGCCCUGCUCAGCUUUGUAUCUGAGAAUGAAAUGGAGGCGAUGAGGCAAGCUGGGCUGCUCACCGUGGAUCCUCGUGUUAAAGAGCGAAAGAAACCUGGCCAAGAAGGAGCCCGCAGGAAGUUUACAUGGAAAAAACGUUAAGGCUACUGCCGAUCCAUUGCAACAGAAGCCACGUGUGUGGCUUGUACCAUAGUGUGCAUAUGCUAGAGAUUUUUUUAUAUAAUAAAAUGUAUUAACUCAG